UGCUGGCCGGUCCUGGGCGGUGCGGGCCAUGGAGACGGAGGAGGAGCAGCACACGACGACGCUGCUGUGCAUGGGCUUCUCGGACGCGGCGGCCAUCCGCAAGGCCCUGCGCCUGGCCAAGAACGACAUCAACGAGGCGGUGGCGCUGCUGACUAACGAGCGGCCCGGACUCGACUGCGGCCCGGGCUACGAGCCCAUGGACGGCGGAGGCGGCGGCGGCGGCGGCGGCGGAGGAGGAGUUGGAGUUGGAGGCGGCGGCGGCGGCCUGCAGAGCGGGGGGCCCCGCGGGGACGGCGGCGGCGGCGGCGAGGGCGGCUCCUCCCGGGCCGGGGGCUCCGGGGGCCCCGGCGGCGGCGGCGGCGGCGGCGGCGUUGGCUCCGGCGGCUUCGACCCCCCGCCCGCCUACCACGAGGUGGUGGACCCCGAGAAGAGCGACGAGAACGGGAACGGCCCCGGUGACGGCAUGGAGUUUCCCACGACCAACCUGUACGAGCUGGAGAGCCGCGUCCUGACCGACCACUGGUCAAUCCCCUACAAGCGCGAGGAGUCUCUGGGCCGCUGCCUCAUCGCUGCCACCGGCCUUGCCCGGCUCGGGCUCGCCGACUCGGACGAGAACUGCAGGAGAUUUGUGGACCGAUGCAUGCCUGAAGCAUUUAAAAAGUUACUGACGUCCAGCGCCGUCCACAAGUGGGGAACAGAGAUCCACGAGGGCAUCUACAACAUGCUCAUGCUCCUGGUCGACCUGGUGGCCCAGCGCCUCAAGCAAGAUCCCAUCCCCACCGGCCUGCUCGGAGUACUUACCAUGGCCUUUAACCCCGACAACGAGUACCAUUUCAAGAACCGGAUGAAGGCGUCGCAGAGGAACUGGGCCGAGGUGUUCGGCGAGGGGGGCAUGUACGCCAUCUCUCCCGCCGCGGCCACUUUCCAGAAGGAGCCCCAUGGCUGGCUGGUGGACUUGGUGAAUAGGUUUGGAGAGCUGGGUGGGUUCACCGCCAUCCAGGCCAAGCUCCAUUCAGAAGACAUCGAACUCGGAGUGGUGUCGGCCCUGGUGCAGCCCCUGGGUGGCUGUGCAGAAUACCUCAACUCCCCAGUGGUGCAGCCCAUGCUCGAUCCAGUCAUACACAAGAUGAUCAAAUACGUCCAGAAUGUGGAGGAGAAGGACCUCAAGGACAAGAAGCUCCUGAGCAUCCCCGAGCUGCUGUCGGCCAUCAAGCUGCUGUGCAUGCGCUUCCAGCCCGACCUGGUGACCGCUGUGGAUGACCUGCGGCUGGACAUCCUGCUGCGCAUGCUCAAGUCCCCACAUUUCAGCGCCAAGAUGAACUCUCUCAAAGAGGUCACCAAACUCAUAGAGGACAGCACUCUGUCUAAGUCCGUGAAGAUCGCCAUCGAUGCUGACCGUCUGCUGGACUGGCUCGUGGAGAACUCUGUGCUGUCCGUCGCUCUGGAAGGUAAUAUAGACCAAGCCCAAUACUGUGACCGUAUAAAGGGAAUUAUUGAAUUGCUGGGCAGUAAAUUGUCUUUAGAUGAGCUCACUAAAAUUUGGAGAAUACAGUGCGGACAGUCGUCCACCGUGAUCGAGAACAUCCACACCAUCGUCGCCGCCGCCGCCGUCAAGUUCAGCUCGGACCAACUCAGUCACCUGUUUGUCCUCAUCCAGAAGAGCUGGGAGACCGAAAGUGACCGGGUCAGACAGAAGCUGCUGAGCCUCAUCGGACGUAUCGGCCGCGAAGCGCGCUUCGACGCCACCUCAGCAAAGGUGCUGGAGGUGCUCUGGGACCUGGCCCAUCUCCCCACGCUGCCCGGCGGCCUGAUCCAGCAGGCCCUGGACGAGCACCUGGCCAUCCUGAGCGACGCCUACACCAUCAAGGAGACCGUCAAGAGGAGCUACAUCAUCAAGUGCAUUGAAGACAUCAAACGGCCUGGGGAAUGGACAGGCUUGGAGAAGGCCAAGAAGGAUGGUUUCAAGGUGUGCCCGCAGAACCCGCCGCAGCUGGUGUGGGUGGUACCAGCCCUGCGUCAGCUCCACGAGAUCACCCGCUCGUUCGUCAAACAGACCUACCAGAAGCAGGACAAGAGCAUCAUUCAGGACCUGAAGAAGAACUUUGAGAUCGUCAAGCUGGUGACGGGCAGCCUCCUGGCGUGCCACCGUCUGGCAGCAGCGGCGGCGGCGGGGCCCGGGGGUCUGUCUGGGUCAACGCUGGUGGACGGCAGAUACACGUACCGGGAGUACCUAGAGGCGCACCUCAAGUUCCUGGCAUUUUUCCUGCAAGAAGCUACGCUCUACCUGGGGUGGAGCCGGGCCAAGGAGAUCUGGGAGUGUCUGGUGACGGGACAGGAUGUCUGCGAGCUGGAUCGAGAGAUGUGUUUCGAGUGGUUCACCAAGGGGCAGCACGAUCUGGAGAGCGACGUCCAGCAGCAGCUUUUCAAGGAAAAAAUUCUGAAACUGGAAUCCUACGAGAUUACCAUGAGCGGCUUUAGCUUGUUUAAGGCGUUCUUUGAAAACGUGAACCUCUGCGACCAUCGGCUGAAACGGCAAGGCUCGCAGCUGUUGGUGGAGAAGCUGGAGUUGGUGGGAAUGGAUUUCAUCUGGAAAGUGUGCAUGGAGUCUCCUGACGAUGAAAUCGCCAAUGAGGCCGUCCAGCUCAUCAUCAGCUACAGCUAUGUCAACCUGAACCCCAGACUCAAGAAGGAUUCAGUGUCGCUGCACAAGAAGUUCAUCGCGGACUGUUACACACGACUGGAAGCGGCCAGUUCGGCGCUAGGAGGGCCCACGUUGACCCACGCCGUGACGAGAGCCACAAAGAUGCUGACGGCCACGGCCAUGCCGACGGUGGCUACGUCGGUGCAAUCCCCGUACAGGUCUACAAAGCUGGUCGUCAUCGAGAGGCUGCUGCUGCUGGCCGAGCGCUAUGUCAUCACUGUCGAGGACCUGUACUCGGUGCCCCGGACCAUCCUCCCGCACGGUGCCUCGUUCCAGGGCCACCUCCUGUCCCUCAGCGUCAACUGCGACUCCACCAAAGACACCUUCUCAUUCGAGGCCCACAGCAACGAGACGGUGGGCAGCAUCCGCUGGAAAGUCGCCAAGCAGCUCAACGCGCCUGUGGACAACAUCCAGAUCUUUGCCAAUGACAGCCUGCUGACCGUCAGCAAGGACCAGAAGCUCCUCCACCAGCUGGGGUUCUCUGACGAGCAGGCCCUCACCGUGAAGACCUUGGGCAGCGGAACGCCGUCCGCAAGCUCAGCCGACUCCUCCGGGAGCGUCUUUGGCUCGUCGUAUGUCAUGGAGCAGGAGAAGUCUCUGCCAGGCGUGGUGAUGGCUCUGGUGUGCAACGUCUUCGACAUGCUGUACCAGUUGGCCACCCUGGAGGAACCCAGGAUCACACUGCGUGUGCGCAAGCUUCUCCUGCUCAUCCCAACCGACCCCGCCAUCCAGGAGGCCCUCGACCAGCUUGACUCCCUGGGGAGAAAGAGAACGCUGCUGUCAGAAUCCAGCCCCCAGCCAUCCAAAUCCCCAUCGCUGUCCUCCAAGCAGCAGCACCAGCCCGGUGCCAGCUCCAUCCUGGAGAGCCUGUUCCGCUCCUUCGCUCCUGGGAUGUCCGCCUUCCGUGUGCUCUACAACCUCGAGGUCCUGAGUUCCAAGCUGAUGCCCACCGCAGACGACGAGAUGGCCAGAAACUGCGCCAAGUCUUUCUGCGAGAACUUCCUUAAGGCCGGAGGCCUCAGCCUGGUGGUGAACGUGAUGCAGCGUGACUCCAUCCCGUCCGAGGUCGACUACGAGACGAGGCAGGGCGUCUAUUCCAUCUGCCUGCAGCUCGCACGGUUCCUGCUCGUGGGUCAGACGAUGCCCACCCUGCUGGACGAGGACCUCAGCAAGGACGGCGGCAGCGGCCUGGAGGCACUUUCGUCACGGCCUUUCCGGCCCAUCUGUCGGCAGGGCGGGCGCCAGGUAUCACUCUGCGGGACCCCCGAGAAGUCAUCGUCCUCCUCCUCCUCGUACCGCCAGCUGUCCGUUUCUGACCGCUCCUCCAUCCGGGUGGAAGAGAUUAUCCCUGCCGCCCGCGUCGCCAUUCAGACGAUGGACGUCGACGACUUCACGUGCACCGUGGCCUGUUUCACGAGGUUGUCGUGGGCGGCGGCGGCGGGCAGGCUGGACCUGGUGGGGAGCAGCCUGCCCAUCCGCGAGACUGCAGCCCUGUUUCCUGGCACCGGCCGGCACCGGCUCAGCAGCUCAGGCAGCACCUGCAGCUCAGGGAGCGAGGGGGAUGCCGUCGCCCUCCCUGCGGGGAUCUGCAGGCGGCAGCGGGCAGUGCCCACCAAGGACGCGCUGGUCGCCGGCGAGGCCCUGUCGCUCCUGGUCACGUGCCUCCAGCUCCGGAGUCAGCAGCUCGCUUCCUUCUACACCCUGCCUGGCGUGGCCGAUUUUGUCAUCGACAUCCUGCUGGGAUCGCCGAGCGCCGAGAUCCGCCGCGCGGCCUGCGACCAGCUGUACAGCCUGAGCCAGACAGACACGUCGCCGUACCCAGACGUGCAGAAGCCGAACCAUUUCCUGCUGGGCUUGGUCCUAUCUGCCCAGCUGCCGCUCUGGUCUCCCACCAGUGUCAUGCGUGGGGCCAACCAGCGGCUGCUGUCCCAGUGCACGGAGUACUUCGAUCUGCGCUGCCAGCUCCUCGACGACCUGACAACCUCGGAGAUGGAGCAGCUGCAGGUCAGCCCGGCCGCCAUGCUGGAGGACGAAAUCACCUGGCUGGACAACUUCGAGCCCAGCCGCACGGCCGAAUGCGAGACCAGCGAGGCCGACAACGUUUUACUGGCCGGACACCUCCGCCUCAUCAAAACCUUGCUCUCUCUCUGUGGGGCGGAGAAGGAAGUGCUGGGAUCGUCCCUCAUCAAACCCCUGUUGGAUGACUUCCUGUUCCGGGCGUCACGGAUCAUCCUGAACAGCCACUGUCCAGUGGGCAGCGUGGCCAUCAGCCAGCAGGAUUUCCAUCCUAAGUGCAGCACGGCCAACAGCCGCCUGGCUGCCUACGAAGUCCUCGUCAUGCUGGCCGACAGCUCCCCGGCCAACCUGCAGCUCGUGUCCACCGAGCUUCUGUCCAUGCACCACCAGCCCGACCCGGCCCUCACCAAGGAGUUUGACUACCUGCCACCUGUGGACAGCCGGUCACCCUCAGGGUUUGUGGGACUGAAGAACGGCGGGGCCACGUGCUACAUGAAUGCCGUCUUCCAACAGCUGUACAUGCAGCCCGGGCUCCCUGAGUCCCUGCUGUCCUUUGACGACGACCUUGACAGCCCCGACGACAGCGUCUUCUACCAAGUGCAGUCCCUGUUCGGGCACCUGAUGGAGAGCAAGCUGCAGUACUACGUGCCCGAGAACUUCUGGAAGAUCUUCAAGAUGUGGAAUAAGGAGCUUUACGUUCGAGAACAGCAGGACGCCUACGAAUUCUUCACCAGCCUCAUUGACCAACUGGACGAGUGCCUCAAGAAAAUGGGCCGCGAGCAGAUAUUUAAGAACACCUUCCAGGGCGUCUAUUCUGAUCAGAAGAUCUGCAAGGACUGUCCGCACAGGUACGAACGAGAAGAAGCCUUCAUGGCCCUCAACCUGGGAGUUACGUCCUGUCAGAGCUUAGAGAUCUCCCUGGAUCAGUUUGUCAGAGGCGAAGUCCUAGAAGGCAGCAACGCCUACUACUGUGAGAAGUGCAAAGAAAAGAGAACGACGGUGAAGCGGACUUGCAUCAAGGCCCUGCCCAGCCUCCUGGUCAUCCACCUCAUGCGAUUCGGCUUUGAUUGGGAGAGCGGACGAUCCAUCAAGUACGAUGAGCAGAUACGGUUCCCCCGUGUGCUGAACAUGGAGCCCUACACGGUUUCGGGCAUGGCACGCCAGGAUUCAUCCCUGGAAGGCAGCAGUGGUGGGCGGGCAGCAGACCCCGGGGGUGGGGGAUCACCCCGGAAGAAAGGGGGACCCACAGAGAACUAUGAACUCGUUGGGGUGGUCGUGCACAGCGGACAGGCCCACGCCGGUCACUACUACUCCUUCAUCAAGGACCGGAGGGGCUGCGGAAAGGGCAAGUGGUACAAGUUCAACGACACCGUGGUCGAAGAGUUCGACUUCAGUGACGAGACCCUGGAGUUCGAGUGCUUUGGGGGAGAGUAUCGGCCAAAGGUGUUCGAUCAGUCGAACCCGUACCCCGACCUGCGUCGCCGCUACUGGAACGCCUACAUGCUGUUCUACCAGAGGGCACCCGACCCUGGCUCCCCAGUCCUGCCCAAGAAGAGCCGCGUCAGCGUCGUGCGGCAGGAGGCCGAGGACCUGACGCUCUCGGCUCCAUCUUCGCCCGAAAUUUCCCCGCAGUCCUCCCCGCGACCCCACAGGCCCAGCAGCGACCGCUUGUCCAUCCUCACCAAGCUGGUCCGGAAGGGAGAGAAGAAGGGGCUGUUUGUGGAGAAGAUGCCCGUCCGGAUAUACCAGAUGGUGAGGGAUGAAAACCUCAAGUUCAUGAAGAACCGAGGGGUCUAUAGCAGCGACUACUUCAGCUUCGUCCUGGCCCUGGCGUCCCUCAACGCCACCAAACUGAAGCACCCUUCCUACCCCUGCAUGGCCAAGGCGAGCCUGCAGCUGGCCAUCCAGUUCCUCUUCCAGACCUACCUCCGCACCAAGAAGAAACUCAGGGUGGACACAGAGGAGUGGAUCGCCACCAUUGAGGCGCUGCUCUCCAAAAGCCUGGACGCCUGCCAGUGGCUGCUGGACUACCUGAUUGGCCCUGAAGGUCGUGAACUGAUCAAGGUCUUUUUGCUGGAGUGCAGCGUGCGGGAGGUGCGUGUUGCCGUGGCAACCAUCCUGGAGAAAACGCUCGACAGUGCCUUGUACCAUCAGGAUAAGCUGCGGAGCCUCCCCCAGCUGCUGGACAUGCUGUUGGCCCUGCUGGAGAAGGAUGUGCCCGAGAACUGCAGGAACUGUGCGCAGUACUUCUGCCUGUUCAACACCUUUGUCCAGAAGCAGGGGCCCCGAGCCAGCGACCUUCUCCUGAGGCACUCUGCCGUCCGCCACAUGGUCAGCUUCCUCCUGGGGCCCAAUCGGCAGAGCAGCCAGAUCCGCCGAUGGAGCCCCGCCCAGGCGCGCGAGUUCGGCUUUCUGCAUAACACCGUGGCCCGGCUGGUCCUACACUCAGACGUCUCCUGCCAGAGGGACGUGGCGCCAGGUACGUUCAGACCGCGGCCACCGGCAGCCUCCAUCUCCUCCUCUUCCUCGUCCCUGUCUGGCACCGGCCCUGCCCUACUGGUUCUCCACGAAGAGCUGGAAGCCCUGCUGUUCUUGAAUGGGGGGAAACCCUACCUCCUCGAGGUGAUGUUCGCCCUGCGGGAGCUCCCCGGCUCCCUGGCCGCCCUCAUCGACAUGGUGGUGUACUGCUGCUUUUGCAACCAGCGCUUCUCCCUCACCGUGCUGCACUGCAUCAAGAACCAGCUGGAAACGGCGCCACCCCAUGAGCUGCAGAACACCUUCCAGCUCCUCCACGAAAUACUGGUCAUCCAAGAUCCCAUCCAGGUCGAACGGAUCAAGUUUGCCUUUGAGACUGAGAACGGAUUACUGGCCCUGAUGCACCACAGUAACCACGGCGACAGCAGCCGCUGCUACCAGUGUGUCAAGUUCUUGGUCACUCUGGCGCAAAAGUGUCCAGCCGCCAAGGACUACCUGAAGGAGAAUUCGCACCACUGGAGCUGGGCAGUCCAGUGGCUCCAGAAGAAGAUGUCAGAGCACUACUGGGCCCCUCAGAGCAAUGUGUCCAACGAAACGUCCACUGGGAAAACUUUCCAGCGCACCAUCUCUGCCCAGGACACGCUGGCGUACGCCACGGCCCUGCUGAAUGAGAAGGAGCAAUCGGGAAGCAGCAAUGGGUCCGAGGGCAGCCCGGCCCACGAGAACGGGGAGCAGCAGCGUCUCCCUCAGGGCUCAGAGUCUCCCAUGAUGAUCGGUGAGUCCAGGAGCGACCUCGACGACGUUGACCCGUAGCGGGAUCUUCUCACGGUCAAGGGUCAGGCGGACCGGCCCCACCCUGGCCCCCAGCAGGGGAAGUGUGGCCUCGGCCUCACCCGGUCAGCACCAGGCAGGGUCUCUGGGCGGGCGGGGCCGCCCCCCAAGGGCCGGGUGGCGGCCGGCGGGGUGGGGCGGGGCAGAACCGAGCGGGCCCUUCCCGCGGACGUGCCCGGCCCGCCCGGUGACGCUCCCGCCCCUGGAGGGGUUUUGGCGGAUGGAGCCGCUGCGGAGACUUUUAUUAUGUGAACAUAAAGUGAGUGAAUGUAAAACUGUUACUUUUCUGUGAUGCUGCAAAGGGCUUUUAUACGGCAGAGAUGCUGAGGCCGCAUUGGGGGUGGGGGCAGGGCGGGGC